AUGCGUGUUAUGUUUGGUAAAAAAGGCUACGGCAGGAAACUGGGGGCGUUUGUUUCAAAGGUGGAGAAAAACGGACCGGCCGACUCCUACGGUAUCCGUAAAGGAGAUCAAAUUCUUCUCUGGAACGGUAAAUCUUUAAUGGGAACAACUCUCGAGGAAUCCAUGGAUGUCAUAGGUCAAAGUUCAGAUGUGGUUCAGUUGCUAGUGGUACAUCACACGACGAGACAGCACAACGACUCGAGGGUCGGACGAUCGCUCAAACUGCGCCACGCCCCCUACGACAUUGAAUCUCACCCGAAAGAGGAGAAUGCUUCCAAAAACACCGGUAAAAUAAAAAAAACACCGGUUGAAAUCAAGAAGGAGGAUCGUAACGUGAGUGGCUGCGUGCGCAUGUUAGUGUCGCACGAGGAUUCCUGUUUGUCGGUCACUCUGGUCAGCGCGGAGAAUCUGGUGUCUGUUGAUCCUCUGACGUCACUAAACCCUGUCGUCAUGGUGCACAUUCUGCCCAAUCGUGGUGGUUUCCCCAUGCAUCAAACCCAGCUCCAGUACAACACGGCGAAUCCCAUCUUUAACGAGUCAUUUAACUUUCACGACAUCUACCAGCAAGAGCUUGUGAAGCUCUCCCUAGAGGUCACCCUUUGGACGGUAGUGGAUGACAACUUCUUGUUCCUGGGGGAGGUUCUUCUCGACUUUUGUGACCUUCAAAUGGACAAUCAGGUCCAUAGUUACGACCUUCAGGACCAUGACGAAAAUAGUUCCCCGCUUCCGGUGCGCAAGCGUAAAGAGUCUUCUGACGUGACCACUGCUAGUCCCCUCACGUCAAUCAAUGAUGGAUCAAGUUGGUCGACCAGCCCCGGUGUUCAGUCUUCUCCCAGGCGGGAACCCCUCCAUUGUGACGACAGAUAUCACGUGACCAGUGGAUUAGCUAAUGGUCGAGACAGGAGGUUCAAACUGAGUGUCACACAGUCGGUCCCUAACUCCCCCCAGUUAUCUCCCAUCAGUGCGUCAGAGGAGUCCAUGUAUCUCGGGGGAGAUGCCCGCGGUAGUAUAACGACAUUAGUCCGGAAGAGGGUGUCGAACGCCAUGUCGAAGGUGUCUGUCCUGUCGGGCGACAGUCGGCGACACAGCAUGUAUGACCGCCGGAAGGACAAACUGACCAAUCGGAGCUCCAGUGUCUCUGACGCAACUCUGGAAGCCUCGUGUCGUGCCUACGAUAAUCCGUCCCCCAUCAGCCGACGAUCAGCUGUUAGUACUAUGUCAGGUACAGAGGAGCUCGGAAAGCCGCCUCAGCCGCUGAACACGGGGGACACCGCAGGUCACUUCCGGGGAGACGAGGAAGAUAGCUGCGGCGAAAACGAGGCCAGUGGUGUUUGUACUACUGGUAGACUUGAUCCAGAUGGGAAUGAUGUGACGUCACUUCUGGGACCAGGACAAGUGCCCCCGAAACCCUCAAGCGAAACGUCUAUAUGUGGGACUAUUAGAUUGGCCUUCAUGGUGUCCAAAGGUCAGCUAGAACUGGACAUUAUUAACGUCACUGACCUCAACAGAAAUCAACAUAGUAGUCCACCAGAUACAUACGUGAAAGCCUAUUUGGUAGGCGGAUCAAAGGUUAUUCAAAAAAAGAAAACCCACACCGUGAAGGGUUCCUUUAGUCCUUUCUUCCGUCGGACAAUCAAGUACUCCGCUUGUAAUAUACAUGGCCGGGCAAUAAAGGUAAUUUUAUGGGCUCGGCACGGUGCGUUUGAUAAAAAACAGUCACUAGGAGAAGCUGUGGUUAAGCUAGAUGGCCUUGACCUGAUGCAUCAGUCCACCAACUGGUACAAACUGUUUCCGCCCGGCGCUACAGACUUUGGCUCAAACGAAUCUCUUCACUUCUGGUGA